UUUCAGCGUGUUGUCCCUGUGAAGCAGACCAAAGAUUGUGAAAGAGUUUCAAAUCCAUAGCUACACAUGAGAAGCUGUAUUAACUGCACCUUGCUUAACGUGGUUAAUUGACCAAUUUGAGCUAACUGCCUUGUGUUUAACAUCAUUUUUCACACUUGGCAAGUCCAGCGAUGGAGGAUUGCACACUGGAAGAACAACUUCUCCUUCAUGCUAAAGAGGGCAACUGUCCUCAAGUUCAGAGGCUCCUUCAGUCCAGGAUUCACCAAAACAGCUCUCUCAACAUCAACUGCAGAUCUCGUUCGAAAACCUGCUCGGGAUGGACACCUCUUCAUUUGGCCUGCAGCUUUGGACACAGAGAUGUUGUUGAGGAGUUACUGAAGGCAGGAGCUGAUGUGAAUUUGCAGAAUAACCUGGGUGACACACCUCUGCAUAAAGCAGCAUAUGCUGGACGAAAGGAGAUUGUUCUGUUGCUUCUGCGCUAUGAUGCUUGUGCCAACAUAAUCAAUGGAACCGCUCAAAUCCCUAAAGAUGUCACAGAGGACGAUGAAAUCAUUACCAUGCUUGAGGCUGCAGAGAGGAGAGAGGCAAGGCGGCAUGAGGAGAAGCUUCUGGAAGCAGCCAGAGAGGGGGAUAUAUCCACUCUGUCUAAAUUGCUCAAUGGGAAAGAUGCUCCAGAUAUCCACUGCAGGGAUUCAGUGGGUAAUACGCCUUUACACUGUGCAGCCUACAGGGGGCAGAAGCAGUGCGUUAUAAAGCUGCUCAAGUGUGGAGCCAACCCUAGUAUCAAGAACAACAAUGCUCAGACUGCAUUGGACCUGGUUUGCACUGAUGAACUGAAGCAGAUUCUAGCAGCCUAUAAAAAUAAGGACAUGAGCAGUGUGGUGCAGAAGAUUGAAGGACCUCUUUGGAAGAGCUCACGCUUCCUCGGAUGGCGUUCCCACUGGGUUGUAGUUGAGAAUGGAACUGUCUCCUGGUACCCUAGACAAGCUGAUGCACUGGCUGGUGUUACGAAACAGGGCUGUAAGUCUCUUUCACAAGCCUACUGCAUGGUCAAACCAUGGGAUCACUGCUUCUUCAUGCUCAGGUGCUUCGAUGACUCUGUGCAUUAUUUUAAAGUCCCCUCGCAGACAAAUGCCGUGGCAACAAGAAAAAGAUGGCUGGAUGCUUUUGAAGAGCAUGCAUCCUACUGCACUCGCCACGACACUGAAGAGGUGAUUAUAGAUGAUGCUGCGGGUGACGUAAGAGUGAGGAACCUUGAACAAGCGCUUCAGGCAGCCAGGGCCUUCCAGCAAAAAUUGGAGAGUGAAGUGUCAAUAUUUCUGUCCAUGGCGAAGAAUGAGGAGAAUUAUGAGUUGACUGGUACACUUCUGCUGAAAGCAAAAGAGACGAGUGAACUUUCCAGUGAGACAUGCUCUGCUCUCCAUCUGUGCCUUGAACUGCUGUCAAAGCAAGAAGAGGUGUGGAGCCUGAAAGUAGAGCAAGAAGUGGAGAAGAACAAAGCUCUAACAGAAGCCUUGCAGACUUUGGCAACUGAGAACCACGAGCUCAAGCAAUCCUUAAGUAAAAGGCGGAAGUCCUCCAACCUUAGUACUCUCAAUGAAGAUGACUUCUAUGAUGCCGUGUCAGGUCAGCGGCCUCUUGGUGGAAGUAAUCAAUCAAUGUGUGAUUAUUACAAAAGGGACACACUACAUCAGUGUAGUAUGUCUUGUUGGUUGGGAGAGAUCGAAAAUACAGUUGUUAUUUUCUACUGCUCUAAAACAUGUUUACCAUCAAAUGGAUUUAGAAAUGAGGAAGGUCACGUCACUUUUUGCAGAUUUCUUGUUGUAAAUUGCAUUUUAAAAAAGUUAAAAAGAAAAUUCUAUUAUUCUGCUGAAAAACUCAGUAUACAGAGUACAAUAUACAGUGUACAUUUCAGUACAGUCCUAUUUAGCAGACUUUCCUUUUUUGUUAGAUUUGGUGUGAGUCAUAUAACUGCAGGCUCCAACAAGAAAUCCUCUCUGUGUUUACCCCUCUUUUUGUUAUUCAUAUUGCUUCCGCACAGAACAUCUCUACCGGCUCCCAUGUUCUCCAGGAACGACGUGAGCAUCUGGAGUAUCCUGAAAAAAUGCAUUGGCAUGGAGUUAUCAAAGAUUGCCAUGCCUGUGGUAUUUAAUGAGCCUCUGAGCUUCCUCCAGCGGCUAACAGAAUACAUGGAGCACACCUACCUCAUCCACCAGGCGAAUGCCACAACAGACUCUAUCGAGAGGAUGAAGUGUGUUGCAGCAUUUGCUGUGUCAGCUGUAGCGUCACAGUGGGAGAGGACUGGGAAGCCCUUCAACCCCCUCCUGGGGGAGACCUAUGAGCUAAUCAGAGACGAUUUGGGCUUUAGGUGGAUGUCUGAGCAAGUAAGCCAUCACCCUCCGGUUAGUGCCUUUCACGCUGAGGGCCUCAAGGAGGAUUUUGUCUUUCAUGGUUCCAUCUACCCCAAACUCAAGUUUUGGGGGAAGAGCAUAGAAGCUGAGCCCAAGGGAGUUAUCACGCUGGAGUUACCCAAAUAUAACGAAGCGUACACCUGGACAAACCCCACCUGUUGCGUCCACAACAUUAUCGUCGGUCAGCUUUGGAUUGAGCAGUACGGCAGCGUGGAAGUGCUCAAUCACAAAACCGGAGAGAGAUGCAGCAUGACUUUCAAGCCCUGUGGCCUCUUUGGAAAAGAGCUGCAUAAAGUUGAAGGAUACAUCCUAGAUAAAAGCAAAAAGAAGCUCUGUGCAAUAUAUGGCAAAUGGACUGAAUGCCUUUACACAGUAGACCCUGCGACUUUUGAUGCCCACAAAAAGACUGAAAAAAAGAAUCCAGACGAAAAAAAGGGCAACAAACAGACCAGUGUCGAUGAGGAGCCUGAAGAGACGCCUCCACCUGAUACUGAGACUGUGCAGGUCAUCCCAGGCAGUGAACUCAUCUGGAAAAUAACGCCACGUCCGGAAAACUCAUCCAAGUUCUACGCGUUUUCGACAUUCGCCAUGCAGCUAAACGAGCUAGACAAGCGCAUGGAGGGCGUCAUACCUCCCACAGACAGUCGCCUCAGACCAGAUAUUUGCGCCAUGGAGAAAGGAGACAUAGAUCUGGCAAGUGCUGAGAAGAAGAGACUUGAGGAAAAACAGAGGACGGCCCGGAAGAAUCGCACCAAAUCAACAGAGGAAUGGAAAGUGAGGUGGUUUCAACAAGGACCCAACCCACACAACAAAGCUCAGGACUGGCUCUACUUGAAAGGCUACUGGGACAGGAAUUACUCUCAGCUUCCUGACAUUUACUAAUAAGUUAAAAAACAAGGCAAAACUACAUGCAUUCAUACUGUACAGAUUUCUCACCUUUGGACUUCAUCUGCUAUACUGGGGGUCAUAAGCAACUAUGUAAUGGAGUAUAGAACAACAGCUAAUGUGUUGGUGUUCGGUUUGAACCCAGAGACGUAUAAUCCUCAGUAGGUCUGUGUGAGUAAUAAAGCACAAUACUUUCUUUCACUUAUUUAUUAUUUAUUGUGGUUCUUCUUGACCACUUGAGAUACCGGCAUGUUCUAAAAAAAAAUCUAGAAUGUAUUUUUUAGAAAUGUUUCAUGUUGGAUAGACCGAGUGUUUAAAUAGCAGGCUGAGCUGUACUGUCUGUAGUUUUUCCGUAAUUCACAUUUGGUCAUGAAAACAUUUUCCUCAUUAGCUUCAGCAUCGAGAGGAGUGACGAUUCUUAAAAUCACCUUUGGCUACGAUUGACACUUGUGCAUACAUACUGUUAUGCAGUGCGAAGUAUUAAAAUAGGUCAUUUUGGUAUAUCGGCCUCUGUUUUCACUUCCUGUUAUGAGUGCUGCAGAUAUUUAGCGAUUAACUGAAUGUGUUACAAAUUUGCCUAAUUUGUAGACCUCUACGGUCAAGUGAAACUGUGUGUGUAGCUAUUUCUAACAGUGUAUAAGAAAGAUGGCCAGAAGACUGUUUGAAUAUCUGAUUAAAUAAACCCUAUACUACGUACUGUAUAGAUGUGUACAGCAAUUAACAGCAUUGCGUAAGUCUACCUGGUUCUGUAAACGUAACUUUUUUCUUAACUAUACUAAAGCAGGGACAUUGGUUCUUCAAUUAUAGAUUAGUGUGUGAGUGUGUUUGUGUAAAAGUCUUGAUAUAGAUUAGAAUACCUGGUGAUCGUCUUAGUACUAUGUGCAUUGAUAUAACUGAAAUCCAACUAUCUCAAACGCAUGUGCAUCACUACAACUAUGCAAGCCUUACCUCCUUUACAGUUAAGCACUGAAUAUUCAUCACUCAUGUAACAAUAGCUGCUACAUGUAUACACUUUAGAUGUGUUAUCACUCGUUUGGUUAUUUAAACAGAAUUUCUAUGUUGCUAAAUAAAAGUUUAAUGUGG